GUCUCUAGUAUUCCGAAGUUCGACGGACCUUGCCAGCGCUGUGUUGUACGCGGAUUGCCAUGUAGGAUGUUAAACCCAAAUUCGAAGAUUGCAGAGUUCACUCGGCCCAGCAGAUGUGCACUUUGCAUCGUUGAUGUGAGCAGGGGUUGUACAUCCAACGACUAUAACAUCACCCAUUCCGAGCACGAGGCAAGCCUUCCACUAUUUACGGGAAAUAUUCCAUUGCUCUGGGCCCCUCUUGUUCUGGAAAGACCCACACCAGCAUCGGUAGAAUGUAGCGAGAAAGAAUCUCCUACAUUUAUUCCAUCACCACUGAAGAAUGAAUCUCCUACGCUUAUUUCAUCACCACUGGAGAAUGAAGUAACAACACAGUGCCCGCUUGACUCUGCAGAAGUACAAGAAAGCCUUGAAGCUAUUCAUCGCUUUGUCGAUUACACUUUGGAUAAGCUGGCCAGUGAGAAUAUUAUACGGGAUGAUUGUCUUCCAUUUUCUGGAUCUAACAUUGCCCAGAUGAAUGAUCGCGACAGGAACAAUAGGAAAAGUAUAACGACGGUUUCACUCCUUCUAAAAGCUUUAUGAAUCAUGAAUCUAAGUGAUAUUCCCGAUUACUUCCAAUCCUCAAGCCUGGAAAAAUUGAGUAUGAGAACGAUAUUCCGGGCGUUGGUAUCACGGUACGUGUUGGAAGCUGUGUUUUCGCGCAUGCCAAAAGAUACAGAAGAUCUUCGAGCCUGUAUACAACCUCACUUGCAAGAAUAUCCCGAGAAGAUAUAUAAUGCGGUUGAGACGUAUUUCUGUCUCCGGAACAACAGUACACGCUUUGUCGACGACCCAAUAAGAACUGGUUACGGGGAUUUAUGUUACUUCCCAGAUAACUUCACGUUUCAGGAGAUUGGUGAAGAGUUAGUCGACGUACUUUUACCUCUCUGUCUUCUCAGUGGAAAGCCUCGACAAGAAAUCGUCGCUGCCUGCACGUCAUCGUGUACCGAAAUUGCUUAUCCAGCCAGCGAGUUGAACCUCAUCGUCAAAGCCAGACCUCGGUCACCGGCCACAUUCUAUAGUCCUGUGCGAGGGGAUGUUGUUUCUAAGGAUAAUGCUCGUCUAUUUCAAGGCAAUCGCGGGCAGUUUGGUGAGGUGCAAAUAACGCUAUUGCUCGGUAUCAAACCUGCUGGAAAUCCGUCAAGGCCUUAUGCUGCUUCACGAGUCGAGCUUUCGAGGAGUGAAGAGGCAUAGAUUGAGGCUGGAAGUAGUCCUGUGGUAAAUUCAAAGAUUUGAGCUGGUCGAAGGUUGAUGGCUUGAAAUAGUAGUACUUGUAUUUGUUCGCUUGUGAUGGCGAUAUAUUUAAGUUAUAUAUGCAAGGGCAGUAAGAAUAUCAGUUCCAUUCUGGUAUUAGAUUCAUGUGUCUUGAUCGAUUGUGAAGAUUAAUUUCUCAUGCGUGGUUAGCAGAUGAGCGAGCGAUCGUGGGGUCUUAUACACUUCCGGGUGGGAUGAAUUGCGCAAAUCGAUAAGUGUCUAGCUAGCUAGGUAGGAACUUAAUAUCAGAGACAGUCCCGAGACAGUGCACCGCAUAAUCGAGGUUAUACAGGGCACGGGUGGUCUAUCAUUUGGUAACACUGUCGUCCAUUUCAAUCGUGCAGAAACUUACUAUUAAUAGAUAUCGUAAAAAUA